AAAAGUUUAGUUGUCAACUCUUGACUCUAGUUUAGAUACUAAUAAAAUAACAAUCAAAUUGUGUAGCAGUUGCUACUAUUCUAUAUAUCUUGAUCAAUUAAUUAUCUUCAAAAACAUGGCCAACUAAUAAUCUCUUCAACAUUCAGCCCAAAAAAAAACAUCGUUUUCCACAAGAGACAAUGAAUGAAAGAACACUAAUUCCAACGUUUGUGUUCUGGGCUUUCCUUACAAUAAUCACACCAACACUUAUUCUCUUGUCUGAGAAAUCAAAAGCAGACCUUCAUUUAAAAGGAAAUGUAACUGAGACAAUGAAGAUAAGAAGAAUGAACGGACACACACAGAAUAACAUCAUAACACCAACACCACCGCUGGCGCCGCCACCAGACAAGUUGGUGGUUGAAGAGGAGGAACUUGCCCCAGCACCAGCUGCAUCAUAUCAUAAUCAUAAUCAUAGUGCUCUUAUAAGGAGCAGUGGCAAUAUCACUGAUGAAGAUGCUUCCAAAGUACAAGUACUUGAUUUUAGUGGAACAAACAAGACUAAACUCAAAGUGUAAUUCAAAUUUGUGUGGUCACCUUUCACAAACACUGAGUGACAUAUUGCUAAUCCUACAUUCUCUGGAAAAGAGCUCUCUACAACAAGCAUCAAACCACUUAUUAACCUUUAUGUAAUUAAACAUGGGAAACAACAAUAGCUUAAUUAUGUAUUUCCUAUACCAACCAUCAAUGUUCUUGAUAAGGUUUUCCUAUGGAAUAAAAUUUUGUUGAGGGUCUUUCCGAUAUUUUUCUCCCACAAGGCAACGAUCUGGUUGAAUGAGUAAACGUUCUUCGGAGGCCUGAGGUACAGAAUUUUGUUCAAUAAUUUUGAUCAUCCACAGCUUUAAUAGGGUAGGUUCCAAUGUCUUUUUCCUUCUUCAACACAAAUAUGGUAUAUUUAGUCAAAUAUUUUAUAAUAUAUUAUGAGAUCCUAUUUAUCUUGAA